AGAGCCCCGGAAGUAAGUUCUGCUUCAACGGAGGAUGUUUUAGCAUAUCCGAUGAUGCAUUACGCAAUCCGUUGGUGUUGUGAGACAACAUUCGAACAUUUACCAAGGAUCGGGUAUAUAUUUCCGUAGCCCUCGUGGCCCCGAGAACUUGUGAGACGCAUCCAGAACUUGACUUAGAUCGACAACUUUAUCCUUUACCAAUAUGGCAUCUGUUUCCAUUCACCGACUUACGCGCUAUGCUUGGAAUCUCCCCCAAGUAUCCACCUCUACCCGUAAGGGGGGCCCUAUGCUGAACCUAUUUCGGCUUUUGGACAGAACCCACCGUGGAACUCGUUCCCUCGCUACGGAGGCUCUCAACAUCGUGCCUCAUUUAGACGCCCCGGAUCUGAACUCCGCCAAGGAGCCCCAUCAUGUCCGCAGCGUUUCCGAACACUUGGAGAGAAGCGGUAUCCUCAAAGUGAAGCUCGGAUUCUCGGAUCAUAAUAGCCAAUAUCUCGAGCAAUUACUCGUUACUCUCCAUCAGCAUCACGGUCAUCAACUACCCAUUACACACAGCGCGACGCGUGGCUGGUUCUGGGAUGUCCGCCCAAGCAGCACAAAUUUCCAAACUACAAAUUGCCAAGCCCGGUCGGAAACGAUGAAUCAGUUUCCCUGGCAUACGGAUUGCAGCUAUGAGGAUCCACCUCCCAAAUAUUUUGCCCUCCAGGUGCUGCAGCACGACCGACAUGGUGGCGGGACUCUGUCGAUCAUGAAUGUUGAACGACUGAGUGCUUUUCUUUCUCUGGAGACUUCGGCCGACCUUAUGCGCCCGGAAUACCAGAUUACCACACCCCCUGAGUUUAUCAAGUCUUCUGCGAAGCGUCAUAUCAUCGGUAGUUUACUCACAGUUGAUGGGGAAGGCAUACCUAGAAGACUUCGGUUCAGAGAUGACAUAUUGACUCCAGUCAGCGAAAGGGCGUCUCGGGCGCUAAAAGAGCUCAGAAAGGUGUUACAAAAUGCCGGCGACGAAUCUCACUUGACCAUCAACCUCUCUUCAGAUGACUUGCCGGAAAGGUCCAUUAUUCUUGUCGAUAAUCGCCGAUGGCUUCACGCUAGAACUAAUGUUAAGGAUCCCGCGCGCCACCUUCGUCGGGUAAGGUGGAAUGCAGUCCCGUUCUAAGGCGCUUCGAAUUAGGGCUAAGUUGUGUCAACUCUGAUCGCGAUGGGAGUGGGAUUAUCCUAGAUACAACGGGACUUGGUUAUAAUUUGAUGAAAUCAGAAUACGUACCUGGAUACUUAAUA